GUACAAGCUGGAAGCUGGGGUCCAGAUUGCGCCCUCCUAGGGGGGCCAGCCGUGCCCCCCUUUGUAGGGGCCUAUGACAUUUUCACCAACAACAAUGCCGACUUGUACGAACUCAUCGAAAGAACACAAAUCGAAGGAUCAUGGCCCAUUGAUCAUCCACUGCCAUUGCCCAGAUGGUCGUGCAAGUCCAAAAACUGCUACCAGCUCGAAUCACUAACCCAUUUCGAGAAUUUGGCCGCCAAAAUCGAACUACACGUGCAGAAGUUGUUGGAGGAGCACAAUUAUAACACUGUGGGGAAUUUCAUCGAUCUGUAUCAGAAUUUUAAGAAGAGUGGAUGUUGUAACUUCUUCAAGUACUUUCAAAGUUAUGCGCCUCCAAUCACUCCAGCUCAUCACACUUGCGUCGGCUUGGCUUUAGAGUUAUGGAAUCGUCUUCAUCACCUAGAAUUGAGCUUUCCGGGGAUUAGUCAGCACCUGUGUUUAGUAUCAUGUGAGGAAAAUAUUGAAGCUUUGAGCGAAUAUACCGCCUUGAGUGAAAGAUUAGACACUGCCGCUUACGAUUUAGAAAAAGAACACGUCCUCUUAUGUCUCAAAUUUAAAAUCAAUGAACGACAAGGAUUGCUAUUGUGUGAUCCUGGCUAUCAUGUUAGUAGAGUUGUCACCAUCAUGCAAGAUCGAGCAUAUCCCAACACCGGUUGGUUUAUCCAAUCUGAAGAAAAUAACAUCUGCAAGGAAUACAACUACCAAUUCUCCCCCUUGAACGAUAAAUUCGUAGAAUGGAACGAACGGACAACACGAAACGGAAUCCAGGAAACUUUUACUGGUUUAAUUUACGUCGCACAUCCUUAUUUGACCGCAGUUGAUGUAACAGAACGCAGGAAUUUAGUGUACAAUUUCAGAAGUUUAUUGUCAAGGGAUCAAAAGGGGCAUUUGAUAGCCGGUGUCUAUUUUAAAGUUAAAGAAAACUGUGACGAAUUCACCAUCUUUUAUCAAGAUAUGGGCAAACAAAGGAUGAAAAUGAAAUUUUCCACCCUUAAUGAACCGUUUCAGGUGAAAGAGAAGGCACUUAACAUUAUCACCAUUUGCAACGAGCAAUUAAAUCUACCGGAAGGUUCCCUUUUGGAUAUUUUGCUACAAGUAGGAGAUUUGAUGAGGGAUAAAUCGUAUUUGCGACAGCUUUUGGACGUUAAUCAGAGUAUUAACAUCAUGUCAGCUAACAACUAGCAUAUAGCAAAUACAGAUUUUCGGUUUGGUUAUUUGUUCUUUUUUAUUGCGGUUGUUGGUUUGGUUUUACUUAUUUUCACUUAUUUGAUUUAGUUUAGGUUAGAUUUUAGUUUUUCAUAGUGGAGUUAUGUAUUCAAGGUUUUCAAAAUAUAUUCAAUAAGUCACUCUAAUGUUAUCGACUUGUAUUUUAAGGACAUUAUAAAUGCUUGUAUUGGUUAUCACUGUACACUGCUAUUGCUAGUAGAAUAGAUUGAAAGCUUAAA